AUGAGCAAGAUACUCAUCGCCAUGUCUUUUGUGCUGAUGUUCUCGGCAUCUACGCCGCAAGCAUCAGCCGCAGUCCUUGGAGCCGCCGGAGGGAUCCUGCGGGUCCCUUCUAGUGACUCCUUGGCUCACUGCAUCCCAAGGUGCGGGGACGUCGACAUCCCCUAUCCCUUCGGUAUAGGGCCCGGCUGCUUCCGUCAAGGCUUCGAUCUCACCUGCAACCACUCCACCUACAAUCCCAGGCUCUUUUUAGGCAGCAGCACUAUCCAGGUCACUGACAUUGACAUAUACUCCGGCGUAGUAUGGACCCCUAUAAUCUACAACCUUACAACGAGUCUAGGUACAAAUACAUACGACAUCAUAUGGAAGGCCCCUGCUAAAGGUAUUACUCUCACUAGAGAUAAUACUUUGUACGUAGCUGGUUGUGAUUUGGACGUCACCUUGUUCAAGUAUGGUACAAGAAACAUGGUUGGUUCUUGUAUGACUAGAUGCGCCGGCAGGAAGGCACCGACUGGAGGGCCUUGUAAUGGAAAGGGCUGCUGCCUCAUCCGGUUUGCAAGUGACCUGCCAGGCUUUCACGCAAAUCUUGUCAGCACUAAUACUACUGCAACACAAUCAGAUUGGUUCCACCCUGGCAUCAUGGCUUUAGUGUCAAAUUAUCCAGAUUAUUACAUAGAUGAUGUUGGAGCCGAUCUUUUCUCUAGUUGGACAAAUGAGAUCCAGGCGGAGCUUAGAGUUGCCAUCAUGGACCAACCAAGCUGUGUAAGUGCACAACUGAAGAGGGAAAGCUAUGCCUGUAGCAACCGUAGCAGUUGUCGGAAUUCCUCAUUCGGUGGUUACCAAUGUGUCUGCCCUUCUUAUAACGGAGACAACCCUUACAUGUUACAUGGAUGCAUGCAAGGUACUUCCGGUGCACAAUAUCUUGUGACUGAUAUAUCCGUGGAAGAUGGGACUUUGAUUGUUAACAACAUGGUGAAUGGAAGUAAUGCUGAAGAGGUAGUAAUUAUGAAGACUCAGAGUGCUGGACAUUCAUUGCAUUUGGGCCCCCCUGUGGAAGAUCUAUUUGAUUUCUCUAUGGAAUACAACAUUGUUAUGAACUGGGCGGUUACCAAUUUAACAUGUCAAACAGCUAUGCAGAAGGAUAUUUAUGCAUGCCGCAGUUCCCACAGCUAUUGCCUAAAUGUCACCCAUGGGGAAAUAUUUAUGGGAUACCGUUGCAAGUGUUCUUUAGGCUAUCAAGGAAAUCCGUACAUCAAAGAUGGCUGCAAAGGCAUCGCAAUUGGAACUGGAUGUGGUCUUGGCUCCAUAAUUAUUGCAGCCUGUGUAGUUAGAUUCACCAACAAGUGGAAGAAAGGCAUCCGGAAGAGAAUCCGACGAGCACACUUCAAGAAAAAUCAAGGUCUUCUUUUGGAGCAGCUUAUCUCAGAUGAAAACGCCACAAAUAAAACAAAGAUAUUCUCCUUGGAGGAUCUACAGAAGGCAACCAACAACUUCGAUACCACUCGUGUUCUUGGUCGUGGAGGACACGGUACAGUUUAUAAAGGGAUUCUAUCUGACCAACGGGUGGUGGCUAUUAAAAAAUCCAAAAUUGUGGAGCAAACUGAGAUAGACCAGUUUAUCAAUGAGGUUGCUAUCUUGUCUCAAAUCAUUCAUCGAAAUGUGGUAAAGCUCUUCGGUUGUUGCCUUGAAUCUGAGGUGCCUUUGCUUGUGUACGAGUUCAUAUCUAAUGGCACACUGCAUGACCUACUUCACAUUGAUGUUGGUGUUAAAUGCUUGCUGUCUUGGGAUGAUCGCAUUAGGAUUGCAGUAGAAGCGGCUGGCGCACUUGCUUAUCUGCACUCGGCUGCUGCAAUACCAAUUUUCCAUAGAGACGUGAAAUCUUCUAAUAUUCUAUUGGACAGCAGCUUUGCCACAAAGGUUUCUGAAUUUGGUGCUUCAAGGUCUCUUUCACUCGAUGAGACACAUGUGGUGACUAUUGUCCAAGGAACCUUUGGUUACCUAGAUCCAGAGUAUUACCAUACUGGGCAGUUGACGGAAAAGAGUGAUGUGUAUAAUUUUGGAGUAAUACUUGUGGAACUUUUGACAAGAAAAAAGCCAAUUUUUAUCAAUGAUAUAGGUGCAAAACAGAACUUGGCCCAUUAUUUCGUGGAAGGAUUGCAAGAGGGAGCUAUCAUGGAAUUAAUGGAUCCUCAGGUUAUCAAAGAGGCAAGCCCAGAAGAUGUUGAUGAUAUUUGCUCACUUACAGAAGCAUGCUUGAGGCUCAAAGGAAGAGACAGGCCUACUAUGAAAGAAGUAGACAUGAGGUUGCAAUUCCUGAGAACUAAAAGGCAAAGAAAAUGCAAUAUUCUUCCAGAGGUCAGCUACUCUACUGCACAGAUGCUGCCCAGUUGCUAUAGUCUAGAACAAGAACACUCAUCCUCUCUCACAUUGCCACGCUAAGUAUAUACAAGCAAUACCACAAUUGCUUCCUUCCAAGUAUUCAUCUGAAUUGCCAUCUAUUUUCUAUUGACCCGUAUUGUGUAAUUAUGUUACAUAGUUCACUUUAUACAAGAGUAUGUCAUGUAGUAUCGCUUCCAGUAUAUUUGCAGAGUUUAUUUGUAAGCCCAUGUCAAUUGUGUACAACUUUAUUACAA